AUGUGCGACUUCCUGCUGUUCAAAACCACAGGGGAGAAUGAGUGCCAGCAGUGGACAGAGAGCCAGACUGACGAGGACAGUGACACAGGGGAGAUCCUGUGUGGAAUACAAGAGAGCUGUGCCACUGACCUGUAUCACCACCCCCAGCUGGAGACGGACAUCGAGGCCGUCAGGACUUUGUAUUCAGACUUUGGCGUCUCUGUCAGGGUGUAUCGACCAAUCGAUGCUGUGGACGUUGAUUUAAACAUUAAAGCCAACUUUCUGGAUGAGGAGGUGGCCAAAGCCUGGAGGAUUAACCCGUCAGAGCCCAUUGUUAUCCGUCUGCACUUUUCUCUGUCUCAGUAUCUGGAUGGACCCGCACCUUCAGUUGAGGUCUUCCAGCCUUCCAACAUGGAUCACUUCAGUCUCGGGAAACAGCUGCAGAAUAUUCUCACAGUUUUCAUAUCCCGGGUGUGGGACCACCUGACCAACGAGAAGAUCGUGGUCCAGCAGAAGCGCAGACACAGCUGGUUCAGGCCCAGUGGAACCAUCAAGAAAUUCCGAGCACGACUCAGCAUCUGGUUACCACUGUCUAAGUCGAAUGAGCUCCAGCCUCCAUCUAUGAGAGGAAGAGCUUUUUUACCAGCCAUGAAACUGAGCCGAUUCACAAAUCACACGACCUACUACACCAUCAAGAAUCCCAGAGGAGAGCUCUUCACCUACACACCCAGUGGGAAGAGGGUGUUGGUGUCAGCAGUCAAAUCAUCAGCACAGCUCAGCACCAAACAUCUGAUCGAGCUGCUCUUCUGCACCCAGGCCAUCGGACACUGUAAGACCACCCCCACUCUGCAGCAUGGCUUCUUAGUGCAGAUAAUGAGGUAUGCUGAGCAGAGAAUGCCGACGCUUAAUGAAUACUGUGUGGUGUGUGAUGAGCGGCAUGUGUUUCAGAACGGCCCCAUGUUAAAGCCUGCAGUUUGCACAAGGGAGCUGUGUGUGUUUUCCUUCUACACACUGGGGGUCAUGUCUGGAGCUACGGAGGCGGUUGCAACCGGUGCAGAGGUUAUUGACCUGCUGGUCGCUAUGUGUAGAGCUGCUCUUCAGUCUUCACGCAAGAGCAUCAUAUUUGAGCCGUACCCCUCUGUCGUUGAUCCAUACAACCCCAAAGCCCUGGCCUUUACUCCUAAGAGAAAGAGCUUUGACCGGCUGCAAAAAGCCCUGGACAGUGUUUUAUUAGUCAGGAGGAUGGCACAGGGUCCAUAUACUGAAAUUAGGAAGCAGAUGGACAAGUUAGAUCCUCUCGCUUAUCCCCUGCUCCAAUGGAUUCUAGCGAGCAACAGGUCCCACAUUGUCAAGCUUCCACUGAACAAGCAACUGAAGUUCAUGCACACGCCCCAUCAGUUCCUGUUGAUCAGCAACCCUCCAUCCAAAGAGGCUCGAUUCCAAACCGCCAGAAAACUUUACGGCAGCACCUUCGCUUUCCAUGGUUCCCACAUUGAAAACUGGCACUCUAUUCUAAGAAACGGGCUGGUUAAUGCCUCAUACACCAAACUACAGCUUCACGGAGCUGCAUAUGGGAAAGGCAUCUAUUUAAGUCCUAUGUCAAGUGUAUCUUUUGAAUAUUCAGAGAUGGGUAAAGGUCGACACCAAAUAACUGCCAAAGAAGAUCUCCUAAAGAAAUACAAUCGAAUGAACAAAGUCAAACAGGAAGAGCAAGCACGGUUUCUGCAGAGCAGGAACCUAAACUGCAUUGCACUCUGUGAAGUCAUAACUUCAAAAGACCUUCAAAAACAUGGGAACAUUUGGGUGUGUCCGAUAUCUGACAACGUGUGCACACGCUUCCUCUUUGUGUAUGAAAAUGGUCAGGUGGGAGAUGUCCACAUCAACACUCAGGAAGCCAAGAUCCACAGAGAAAUCGUACAAGUAAUUGCUUCAAAGCUGUGCUGA